AGUUUGGUAAACAAAAGUGACGCGUAGCUAGUUACGCUCUCACAAUAAAAUCUUUGGGCAUGGCCUGACCGGUCGUUCACACAAAAUCUCCAGCUUACCAAAGAUGAAAAAAAUGCUUACGGCUAAAAAAAAAUGUAAACUCCUUGCAAUAAGCCGAGCUUUCCAGAGAGUUUUGUAGUUGAACCUGUGUCAGCGGUCGGGGCCCGUACACUCUCUGGCCGGGCAAAGAUGGAUCCCGCUAACGAACACGACCCGACCAUGGACGCCCACAUUGUGCACGCUGUCAACGUCAACAACAAAAAGGAAAUGGCCGAAAUGAAAUUUCUGACCAAAUCAUUGGCGAAUGCUCGUCACGUGCAGCAGAGCAUUUACCGUCAGGAGGAGAAAGACCUGAUCAGACAGCUCUGGAAACUGCAGAAGGAGAAAGAGCGCCGCCACCCAGAAAUAGACUAUAACACCAGGCGUUCGGGACAUGGGCUGCAACGCCUAUCCAGCGAGCAGAUGGACGGUUCGCAUUCCUCACGACGAGGAUCGUACAACGUCUUGUACCGUGGGAGUGAUCAUCAUUACCAUCCUCAUCCCCCAUCCCCGUCUCAUCAUCAACGUGUACAUGAUGACAAGAACUCGUACAUGGGUCGAGCGCCGGAGGUCUCUCACCCUACUACAGGUUACCAUUACCAUGCGCCUACAAAAGGAGACAAGCAUUCGCACGAUAGGGACCACGGCGCAAGCAGUCACCACCUUCCCUUUUCCAAGACCAGCAGUCACCAUUUCAACCCUGAGCAGUUCGUUCACCACCAUCGACCGGAGUACUACCCCAUGCCCCCGGCCCACCGGCGACACUCCACCCCGGGCUACCAUCCCACGGAAAUACCCGGCGUGGUCUCGCAGUCAUCACGGUUGAACGCUAUCGUCCAGCCCGCCGGCUACGGUCACUCCAUCGCUGAACACGCUGCCCAUCUCGGAAUGCACAGGCAUUACCACAGAGGGGUGCCGCACCAUGCUUACCGCAACCCGUCUCACGGGCCAACCGGGCACCCGUCCCACCUGAUGACGGACGACAUCCACAACAUCGGGAGCUACGAGAGCCUCACACGGUACAUCAACCUCCUGGACUACCAGGCCAGCGAGGAGAGCAAGGCCGAUAGGCGACAUAAGAGGCCGCACCAUCACAAGAACGACGACAAACAGGGACCGUCAGCUCACCCCGAUGAGUUGGGAGAGGCAGGGGUUCAUGGGAGAGAACAGAGCGUAGAGGAGGUCAUCCAGGUAGUAGGGGAUGCGUAUUUGGCACCCGUGAGCGACAAGAAGGAGACUGAGGUGGAUAGACCAAGUGGCCACGGCAAGGAAGUUGAUGGGGGAGUUGUCCCCCAGGAUGAUUCAGAACCCAAGUCAAACGGGGCAAAGCCCAAAUCUAUUGGAUGUAUCGGGGUCCCCUCGGCCACGCCGUCACCGACGACUCAGGGCACCAAGGGGACAACCGAAGGAGAAGACGCCGGGAAGGACACCAGCCAUCCCCGCCCCGGAGUCGCGGAGGAGCCGGUUAGGUCAUCAGACAAGGUAGAUCCGAGCGUGACACCAAUAGCUAAGCCACGCGGGAACGGGAAAGGAACGGCUGCUGUCGGUGUCGAUGUUCCAGCGAAGAGAAGCAGCCGAAGGGGUCUGCAUAAAGGCAGAGAGAGCGGGCUAGAUUCCCAAAGAAGCCGUGGAGAGGUGCUCCCACAAGGCUCAAGCCACCAACAGUACAUUUCCAGGCAACCGUCCUUGAAAGCCUCGAAACACCACCCGCAACCACACCUCACCAGACAGAUCCUGUCCGACCUGCAUGCCAUCGCCUCGCAACCGAGUCACCACAAUCGCCACCCGUCCACUCACCACCGUGACCCUCCUCCUCACCACCACCACCACCACCCGGUCAUGGCCCACGUUCACCCCCACCACUCUCACCACCAGAGGCCCCGGGAGCCGGUGACGGCGGCCGAACGCAAGCGGUUGGCUGUGGAGCUUUUGGCGCGGGAGUACCCCGUGCUCCUUCGGAACGCGCCCACCAAGUUCGACCCGAUGGAAGCCCUCAUGUGCCGCUACCUCAGACUGUCGUCCACCAAUGUGGAGACCCUGGAGGAGAUGUGCAGGGAAGCUGGGAUCGAGGUUGGAGCGCAUGCUCACCACCAAAUUGAAAACGCCAAUGAAUAUGUAUUUGGAGGUGAAAAACCAUAAUUGCCGCGAACGGAAGCCAAAGCAACUACCGCAAAUUUGAUCAUCAGUCUGUAGAACAGAUUUCGUUACAUUUUCAAUAUAGUAUGAGACUUUUUAUUUCAUAACUUUAAGUUAUAUUAGGCCUGCAUUAUCAAACAAUCUCCCUCAGGAAUUUUAUAUAUCGGAUCUGAGCUCCACUGUCGCUUAUAAACGUCAGCCAUAUAUAGUAAUUAAAUCAUUCACUCUUUG